ACUUAUCCCUUCGACCUUAGCGAAAGGGACGGGAGUAGGCAAGAAGUCCGGGUCAGAGUUUAGAGCUUUCAAAUUCCAACUUGCCCCUGAGGAUUGAGCGGCGGAUCUUUAAAUAGCCUCCAGCAAGGGAGCUAGUGCUUGCUUCAUUAAACCCUGACAGACGUCUCCUGUUUCCCUGGAGACAUCACAGCGGCCAAGUCGAUUGGCCGUGGCAAGUGACCCUGCCUGUGGUUGAAGUGUUCUGAGGACCGGCGAGAGAGGCGCGCCAUGCUCGCCUCCUGCUCAGGCUGGGAGCUUGGCUGCCUUAGUCUCCGUCAGGUCCGACUGUGGGCUGGCGCUGGGCGCUGGGCUUGCCGGGCUUGCCAAAACAGGCCGUACGGCUCAGAUGGGGGCGAGCGCUGGCCAGGAUCGGAGGCUGAGGUCCCUCCGCCUGGCCCGGCGCGCCGGACUCUGAAGGAGUGGACGCUGCAGGUGAGCCCAUUCGGUCGGCUGCGGGCGCGGCUUCCGUGCCACCUGGUCGUGAGGCCCCUGGACCCCCUCUCCUACCCGGAUGGCGACCGCGUGCUGGUCGCGGUGUGCGGCCUGGAGGACGGCGCGCGGCGGGUCCUUGAUAGCCUGCUGGUGAAGUACGACGAGACUCUGGAGGAGAUGGCCAUCGUGUCUGAUAGUAUCGACCCCCAGACGUCCGUGGAGGUGAACGCGCCCCUGAAGUUUGGUUUGGAUAUCAAGUCAUCUGGGUCGGGCUGUGUAAAAGUUCAAAGUAUCGAGUGUGAUAACUGUAAAAUUGAAACUGAGCAGGGAACCAGCGUCCUGCAGUCUGUUAAGAUGCUGAAAGGAAAGAAAGCCAAGGGGAAGAAGGUGGCUGCAGCCCCUGCUGUCAUGAAGAAGCAGGAGGCCAAGAAAGUGGUGAAUCCCCUGUUUGAGAAAAGGCUUAAGAAUUUUGGCACUGGACAGGACAUCCAGCCCCAAAGAGACCUCACCUGCUUUGUGAAACGGCCCCACUAUAUCAGGUUGCAGUGGCAGAGAACUAUCCUGUAUAAGUGGCUUAAAGUGCCUCCUGCAAUUAACCAGUUCACCCAGGCCCUGGACUGCCAAACAAUUAUUCAGCUACUUAAGCUGGCCCACAAAUACAGACCAGAGGCAAAGCAAGAGAAGAAGCAGAGGCUGUUGGCCCAGGCCAAGAAGAAAGCUGCUGGCAAAGGGGAUGUCCCUACUAAGACUACAGGUCCUUUGAGCAGGAGUUAACACCAUCACCACCUUGGUGGAGAACAAGAAAACUCAGCUGGUGGUGACUGCACAUGACAUGGAUCUCAUCGAGCUGAUUGUCUUCCUGCCUGCCCUGUGUCAUAAAAUGGGGGCCCCUUACUGCAUUAUCAAAGGAAAAGCAAGACUGGGACGUCUGGUCCACAGGAAGAUCUGCACCACUGUUGCCUUCCCACAGUUUAACUUGGAAGACAAAGGAGUUUUGUCUAAGCUGGUGGAAACUAUCAGGACUAAUUACAAUGACAGAUAUGAUGAGAUCCAUCGUCACUGGGGAGGCAAUGACCUGCAUCACAAGUCUGUGGUUCACCUUGUCAAGCUUGAAAAGGCAAAGGCUAAAAAACUUGCCACUAAACUGGGUUAAAUGUACACUGUUGAGUUAAAAAUAAUUUUUAAAAAAAUUUUAAAGUGCUUUGGGGAUAAUCUUUUCAAAGGUUUAAUCACAUAUUUUGUUGGGAAAAAUAGCAGAGGAGAAAGGACUUACAGAGUGCCUACAUAAAUUGGUUAUAAGUAACAUAUAAACAAGGAACAACAAACUGCAGGAGGUCUCUGAGGAGGAAGGCCUCUUCAUGUUCUGGUACAGGGUGACCUAGUCUCUAUUACCAUUAACAUUGUGCCCAAGGAUGUAAAACCCCUUCAUAGCACUAUGACAUAGCCAGACUUGUAGGCUCCUUGUAAGGUCCGUGUUCCACCAGCUGUAUAUAGAUAAUAAACUAAAGAUAACCACAUGUUCUUGUUUUGCGAAACUCCCAAACCGCCACUGUUAUCAGUCCUUAGGAUGAUACACCAGUUCCGGCUCACUGAUUCAAUUCCAGCUCACUGAUUCAUCCCACCAUCACUACACCCCUACCCUGUAGAUCAAAGUAAUUAUAAUCAAUAAAUAGUGUGGAUGAUCAGAGCUCGGGGCCUUCACUGUUACCUGCAGAGUAAUGAAGUGAUGGCCCCUUUUUCUCUUAAUCUGUCUUUCAUUUCUUUGUCACCACCAAACUUGGGGUACCCAUGGGUGAUGCAGCACUGGCUCCCUACAAUAUUUGAUAAGGAAUAUAUUAAAUAUAAUUUGACUUCAGACUCAUGUCUCUAGGCAUAACAUAGUUAACUAUGCGAUAAUACUUUUUUUUUUUUUUUUCUUUUUAGAGACAGGGUCUUGAUGUGUUGCCCAGG